CUCUGUUGUCAUCGUUUGCUUAUAUAGUUAAGACAUCCGUUGUUCACCAGGUCAGUCAUGACUGGACAUUGGCCUUCAGCCUCAAUAUUUUCUCAUCUCCCUCUUCCCGAAGAUAUCCAUCGAUCAUGCCUGGUUACACAUGCAAUCGUAUCUGCGAGAAUGGAAAGUCCAUUGACCCCAAAUACCUCUGCCUCCACUGUGAAAAGGUAUUGAGGGAUCCAGUUCAGACGAGCUGCGGUCAUCGCUACUGCAAGUCAUGUGUGGAGUCAUUGUUAAGGUUGCCCUCUCCAAGGUGUGUGGUGGAUGGGGAAGAGUUCGGAGAGAUAUUUGAAGACAAGUUUGCGCAGCGUGAAAUCCUGUCGUUACCAGUCCAGUGUGAAAAUCACUGCGACGGCUGCGAGUGGAGUGGGGAACUGAGGCAGUUCGAGAAACACGAGGCCCAGUGUCCCUAUGCCAAGGUCCAAUGUGUGCAUCCCAGUUGCGGAACCCUGGUUCAGAGAGAUGACUUAUCUCGGCACCUUGUGGAGGAUUGUAUCUUCAGAGAGCAGCAGUGUGGGUAUUGCUCCAUAAAGACUACAGCUGAUAAGCUUGAGGAUCAUCAUGAAAAGGAGUGCCAAGAAUACCCUGUGGAUUGUUUGCAAUGUAAAACUGAAAAAAUUCCACGAAAGCAGCUUUCGAGUCACCUUGAUCCUGUUAAUGGAGACUGCGAAGCUGUUAAAGCCCCGUGUCCUUUUCAUAAAGUGGGAUGCAAACAUAAAGGG